AUGAAAUCGCAAAAUUCAAACACAAAUGUAAAUGCAAAUGUAAGUGCAAACGCAUUUCCAAAUAUUAAUGCAAACGCAACUGCAAAUGUAAAUGCAAAUGCAAAUGCAAAUGUAGAAGCAAAAGUGGCUGAAACAGAUGUAGCAAAAGCAAAAGUAAUUGCUAACGCAAAUGCAAACAUAAAAGCAGACGCUAUUGCGAAUAUGAGUGCACUUGCAAGUGCGAAAGCAAUGGCAUUUCCAACAACUAAAGUAACUACAAAGGCAAAUAUAAAUGCAAACGUGGAUGCAGAUGUAAAUGCAAGCUGCAAGGCAAAUGCGGCUGUAAAUGCAAACACAAAGCUUUGGCAAAUGCCUGCAUUUCUAAAUAUAAAUGCAAACGCAAAUGCGUAUGUAAAUGCGAACGCAAAAGAAACUACGAAUGUAAAUAUGAUUGCAAUAGCAAUUGCAAAUGAAGACACAAUUUCAAAUGCAAGCGCAUACGCGACAGCUGGCGUAGUAACGAACACAGAUGUAAAUGUGCCUGCGACCGCGGAUGCAAAUGUAGAUAAAAACACAAAUGCAGUGCAAAUGUUAAUGUAA